AUGUCAAACAUCAUCAAAAAGAUCGAGCGGAAGCUCGGUGACCACCCGAACGUCAGCGAUGAUCCGAACGUGAAUCCGAGCUCUGGCACCGGACAAGGGGCGAAUGAUGGCAACAAUCCGAACAAGUCAUGGGUACAAAACAAGAUCGAGGCCGGCCAAGGGUCAGGAUCGCCGAACGAUAGGACUGCGAGAGCUGGAAGCACGACCAUCGCGGACAUUGUUUCUGCCGCAGACUCGGGCGGCGUGGCUGGAGAUGGGAAGGGGAGACAGUCGUAG